GUGGUGCGGAGCUGGGGUGACAGCGGGAGUGGGCGAAAGGAGGGACGGUGGCCGCGGAGGGUCAGGGGGCGGUUGGCCGGCAGCUACGGUGGCCGAGAGGGAUGCUGCGGCGAGCAGCGGCGGCGGCGGGCCGGGGCCUGCGAGGGCCGCUGGGGACGGCGGGGCGGCGGCAGCGGAGCGGGGCGGACAGCCCCGACGGCGGCUCCUCCGACCGCGGCCCCCGCAGCGACCGGGCCCCGAAGAUCUACACGAGAACGGGAGACGCAGGCUUCUCCAGCACCUUCACCGGGGAGCGGAGGCCGAAGGGUGACCGGAUCUUCGAAGCCCUGGGAGCCACGGACGAACUGAGCUCGGCCAUCGGGCUUGCUGGUGAAUUUAGCAGUGAAAAGGGCCACACGUUUGUUGAACAACUUCACAAAGUCCAGUGUAUGCUGCAGGAUGUGGGCUCCAACAUCGCGACGCCUCUCUCCUCAGCCAGGGAGGCUCACUUAAAACGAACGUCUUUUAGUGAGAAGCCAGUUCUGGAGCUGGAGCAGUGGAUUGACAGUUACUCAGAGCAGCUUCCUCCGCUCAGAGCUUUCAUCUUGCCAUCAGGAGGUAAAAGCAGCGCUGCUCUGCAUUUUUCCCGAGCUGUCUGCCGCAGAGCUGAAAGGUGCGUGAUUCCUUUAGUACAAGCAGGGGAAGCAGAUCCGAACGUGGCCAAAUAUUUAAACAGACACUGCUGGGGUGCUGAGGGAGCAGUCAGCUUGCUUUCUGAAGGCCGUUUCGGAAAUCUCUUCUCGUGUGGGCUCUCUUUGCCUUCCGGCACCUGCAGUUCUCGUACUGUAAUCAGACGUGCUUUGCUGGUUUCACUGGUUUUCCCUCGGUUUCCAGGCUGAGUGACUAUCUCUUCGUUUUGGCACGUUAUGCUGCAAUGAAGGAAGGGAAGGAAGAGAAAAUAUAUGUAAAGCCUGAGCCAUAACAGGGAGCCGGAAUGUUUGUUUCCUUGAUCAUGGGAAGCUAAAUCCAGCAGACUGCUUUCCCCCAUCAAGGAAAGGAAAGAGAACAAGCCUGGAUUGGAAAUGUGAGCUGCCAAGAACUUCAAUUUAAAUAACUAGGACCUUGUUCACAAGUGCUGUAAGAGCACAGCUGUUCUGUUCACUGGGCCUUGUCCCAGUAUCUCUUGUAUAACCCUCCGGCGAUGGCAUCGGAGUUCCUGUUUGCCCUGGGCUGGAGCUGAGGCAGGAGACUUCAGAGAGCUACAGCUGAUUGCUAGAGAUGUCUUAAUUUCCCUGGGCAGCGGCAGGUGCUGUGGAAAGGCUUUGGCAGGACUCUGAGGAAUGAAGAGGAGAAAACAAUCAGCUUCUCUUUGUAAGUCAUAAUGCUUGUACAGAACAGCAACUGCGUAGAGAUUCGGGAACUCUGUCCACAGGCUUUGCAAUAAUAAAUGUGAUUUACUUGUA